CCUUCGAUCUCGCUGCCGCUACUCGCUUGAAGGAGAGGGCAAGGGUCGGGGACACGCCCGCACGGAAGCGUGCGCGGAAGCUGGGCAUAAAGUCAUUGGAUCACGUGGCUGAGACCCUCAUCUCUGUAUUGGCAUCGGUGUAUUGUGUGACCCAGAACCGACGCUGGGCCGACAAUGACGGCCGGACAGCAGAAGGGCAGUCCUCGUGCCGCCACUGUGCGGCCGAAGACGGCGGCGGCCCCGCAGAAGACCUCUGGCGGCGGGCAGGGCGCGCGGCCGCGCCUGCGCCGGACCAUCUCCGUCGGCCGAGCAGAGGACAUCAGUCAAACAGAGCAGCGGAUUCGGCGCAACCAGCCCGACGAGCCAAUUCAUAAGAACUGUGACUCCCUUUUGUCUUGGCGGGCUGAGUUCACCGAGUACAGCGGCUUUGUCAACUGGGGCUUCACUCUUCUGUUCUUGGGAGGAGCGAGACUGAUGCUGGAAAACAUCCGCAAGUACGGUCUGCUCGUCGAUCCUCCGCAGUGGUUCGUCGUGUUGAACGGCGGCCCGUUCCGCUUCGGUGACCGCUACCCUUCGCUGAUGACGCUCCUCUACCUGCAGGUGCACGCAUGGGUAGCCCUGGCUAUUGAGAAGCUUCUGGCGCGGUGGGUGAUAUCACCUGUGAUCGGGAUCAUCCUGCACACCAUCAACAUCGUCAUGAUCCUCAUUCUGCCGCACGUGGUCGUCCACUUCAUCGAAAACAUUCCGCUCGUCGGCCUGACCGUCAUCAGCAUGAGCUGCGUGGUGCUGGCGCUCAAGCUUUCCAGCUACGCGCACGUCAACAAGUGGUGCCGGGAUGACGCCAGCGGCAAGCGCCGUUACCGCAGCCUCUCGUACAGCAAGUCCAUCGCGUGCUUCCAGCUGCCGGCGUCGGACCGCACUGCGGCCGACUCGCCGACGCCGGCGUCCGAGCCUAUACCGGAGCAGCGGCUGGUUCGCUACCCGGACAACCUGAACCUCUCCGACCUCUACUACUACCUGAUCGCACCGACGCUCUGCUACGAGCUGAACUUCCCGCGCUCUGGCCGAGUGCGGCCGUGGUUCCUGCUGCGCCGUGUGCUGGAGCUGAUUGUGGGCCUGAACAUGCAGGUGGCGCUGUUCCAGCAGUGGAUCAUCCCCAGCGUGCGCAACUCGCUCGAGCCUUUCUCGAGAAUGGACCUGACUCAUAGCCUGGAACGUCUGCUGAAGCUGGCCAUCCCUAACCACCUGCUGUGGAUCAUGAUGUUUUACCUGGUGUUCCACUCGUACCUGAACCUAGUGGGCGAGCUCACACAGUUUGGGGAUCGCCGCUUCUACCUGGACUGGUGGAACUCGCCCAACAUCAACACCUUCUGGCGCACAUGGAACAUCCCUGUCCACCGCUUCGCCAUGAGGCACGUGUACCUGCCGCUGGUGCGUCAUCGGUUCAGCCGGUUCUCGGCGGCCGUGGCGGUGUUCUUCAUGUCGGCGUUCCUGCACGAGUACCUGGUGGCGGCGCCGCUGCGUCUGCUCCGCGUCUGGGCCUUCCUCGGCAUGAUGGCGCAGAUACCGCUGGACUCGCUGACGGCGUUCAUCCACAAGUACUUUUCCCCGCGACUGGGCAACGUCAUCGUGUGGAUGUCGCUUAUCAUGGGCCAGCCCAUGGCGAUCAUGAUGUACUACCACGACUACAUCAUCGAGACGCACGGCGACCUGGUGGUGUGAUGUGGUGACCUGGGGAUGAGUCGGCGGCCGUGCAGCGCGCCCGCCGGGAAGCCCCGAGGCCACCCGGUCAGGGAGACGCGCACCAAAGCGACUCGCUCGCAUUGCACGACGCCGAAGACGUGGCGGUGUACCAAUUCACCACGUGCAGGAAGCCGCCCGGCCCUGGAGGCUCGGCCAGCUGCGGUCCGAACGGGGAGGGGCGAAUGAUGGACCCCUUCGUCAGGUUGGCAGGGGCAUGUCGCCGAAAUCCACCUUUUUUUUGUCGCGUGAUCGUAAGAUACCGGGAUUCUUCUCUCCGUUUUCCUCCGGCUGAUGGCAGCCUCAUUUUUGGACAGAACGCUUUGGUAUCUUUCUGGGAUUUGCUUUGGACGCUGUAUCAUAUUUAGAGAUGACGCCCGUACAGUAAGGAGCACAGUCGGUGCCGACAAGCAACACGACAAACGUCUGUUCCCUGGCUUAGGACCACGUCGAAGCAAUCCUAACAGGGUAGGGAUUCCGAACACGAUGCCCAUUUCGCUGUCUGCUUAACUAUACUGGGAGUUUGUCUGCACGUCGAUAACCGCGAUAUUUUGUGCGGUGCUUAGAACUGCAAGGACUGAUUUUCAAGUUACAAUCUGAGUGUUGCGGCCCGUGGACAGUUAUUUGUUCUUUGUGUGCCAUGCUGCCAUUAACACUCAUUGGCGGGCUUGGGCUAGAGUAAUUUUACCAGUUUUCGUUCCGGGCUUCCUAUUGUUGGUGAUAAGCAAAGGUAUUUCGUAGCAUGGACGGAGAUGCCGCGUGAACACGUAACGCUAACCAAUACGAGAUUAAGGUCAGUCAUGAAGCUGUGGAAUGAGUGUUUCAUGACCGUUUGAUUUGUCAGUUUGGGCGGGGUGACUUGUAAGAUGGCGGUUGGCAUGUGUGGAGUGGUGCCAGACGGCAACUCGAGCUGUCCGUAACGAACGUCAUUGGGCCUACUGGCCCGACUGCUCUUAAUGAGCAGCCAUUCUGGCCCCACCGUGGAGGCGCGCGGGAUCGUGCGCGCCCCCUGCCAGCUCGGGACGACAUGAGGGCUCGAGCGUCUGUUCACAAUCUGGUUGCACCGGGCUACUUUUUGCCUGUGCUGAUCGCUGAUGGAGAUCGGACGAUGUCGCGGCGCGCUGCGGUAUUUGUUCGCGAGCAGUGCGGGCUGUCCUGCGCGAGACUGGCUCGUCCCCCGCGGCAGGAGAGGCGGGCGGGAGGCCGCUGCAUCGCAGGCGUCUGUCAUCACGGGCGGGAGGCCGCUGCGUCGCAGGCGUCUGUUACUGACACUUAACCGCGGACUGGGCUGAUGCUUGUGAUGUCGCACUUCUUUACUGCUGGUUGAGUUCACGUGACUCGCACGCAUUCCCGGGCUGGCACGCACGGCGUUUGGAAGGAUUAUUCAGUCACCUCUCGCUGUAAUGUAGUGGCCAUAUCAUUUGGCACCGGUAUUUUGUGCUGUUCCUGAUGAAUGACGGGGUCUCGUCUGGUCAAGGUGUGGCAGCGUAAAGAUUAUGUGCCCUGGAGAUUAUAGCAAUGCAAUCGGGAUUUGUGCGUGAUUUCGUCGCGAACAGUGGGAUAGACGUAGUAUUUGGGACAUCUAUGCGUAGUUCGUUCGUAUGCCUGUGUUCGGGCUGUGACCGCGACGUAUCGGAUGUUGCACGUGUUGCUGAGGACGCGAAGGCGUUUCACAAUCGACUGCUUCUACCGUGCGUGUCUUGCCAGCCGGGUGUUGCCGAGCCGAGGAGCACAACUUGCGUGCUGCUGCUUUCGUACUGUGUGAUCCCACCUCUCUGCUGCCCCACUGUGUAGUGAAAGCCCCGGGCGUAUGCAAUGGACGAUUCAUAUGGGUCAUAACACCCACGUGGGACCUACAUGGGAGGUCCAGGGGGAAAUUGUAGGCAGUCGCAAGCGUGGCCAGCGUUCCACGGACAUCACAGGCACCAAGAGCUUUUGUAAGCCCAGGAUGUAUUAAGAUAAUGCGACAAAAUGUGGUGGCUGUUGGUCAGGGUCCUAUCAUAAUGGCCUGACAUUUUUCGAAAAUUGUAACAUCUUCGAAGUGCCCCACGGCAUCUUGUAGGGGAUUUGUCCGGCAGGGGAAAGCAAUGGGGAUGCCAGGGUAAUUUAAUGGCCCGCGCUUAACGAUAGCCGAGUCCGCCACUGGCGCCCACUCUGUUUAACGAGACCGUAGCCCAGUAAAUCGUCGACUACGUUCCGCAGUCAGUCAGGCCAUGCUAAUGACCUGAGCGGAGAAAUGGCGGGUUUAUCGAAUGCUUGCCAUUGAUCAGCGGGUUACUUUCAAUCAGACAUGACGUUAGUGGUUGCUCAACGGCCGCGCGUGACCGCCGGAACCCCCUGUCGCAGUCGGUGCUCAGAUGAAUGGUCAAUAAAUCGGUCGGCGGUGGUCGGUGUUUGCGUUGUGCUCGGCUUCAGAUUCACGCCGGGUCUGCUUGUUUAGAGACAGACGGUUUGUCCCAAUAGUGGUGCCGCCGGUCGUGUCGUGCCGCGAUGGACAGAGCCGGAAAAACUGC